CAGAUGAGAUGGGUGUGAGCAAAUAAAAGAAAGGCAAAACGUGGCUGUCCUCGUCAAGCUGACCUUUUGUUUGGAGACAAACAGAUUUAUAAAACGAGAAAGAGCGAGAGAGGGAAAGUAUACACGUUGGUGGACAAAAGGAAGGAUUUGAAUAGUGCAGCAGCUGAUGCUGGGCUGCCCAAAUGCAGAGGUGCCUGAGAGAGACCACAGUAAAGCAGCUGAGCAUUCGCUUGGGAUUUAACAAGUUCUCAAAUGCACACACACGCGUCUCCCACAAAGAUGCCCAGACACUCCCUUGGAUGACUCGUAACUGUUCAUUCCAGCACAGAUCCGCCACAGCAGAGCUCUCGUCUCCUAUCAUGAAGACUACAGGAGAACCAGACCACCACAGGAGCAGACGCCAGAGUCUCCCCCAGGACGGGAUGCCGUGCUGGGCCAAGAGGGUCAGGAUAAAGCGGUACUUCUGCGUGCUGUUGGUGCUCUCCGUCUCUCUGCCGAUGGUGAACUGCACAAAGGAGAGUGUGCCAAGAGUUAAACUCAGCUACAAAGAGCUGAUCCAGUCUCGAAGUGUGGUGCCAUUUGUGGGUUCCAGUGAAGGACAACAGUUUCAGACAGUUCUGUUGGAUCAGGAGAGAAGUAGACUACUACUGGGAACCAAAGACCACAUCUACCUACUGAACCCAGACAACAUCAAUAAAAACCCCAAAAAGCUGAGCUGGCCAGCUCCGAGAGACAGGGUGGAUAUGUGUAUACUGGCUGGCAAAAACCCUUUUACCGAAUGUGCCAACUUCAUACGAGUUUUACACAAUUAUAAUCGGACCCACGUCUACGCCUGUGGCACUGGAGCCUUCCACCCCACCUGUGCAUUCUUGGAGGUCAAAGGUCACAAAGAGGACUGCUGGCUGCACCUCCACAGCAACAGCGUUGAAUCUGGCAGAAUGAAAUGUCCUUUUGAUCCACGGGCAACUUUCACCUCAGUACUGACAGAUCAGUAUCUGUACACUGGCACGGCGUCUGAUUUCCUGGGGAAGGACAGCACAUUUAGCCGCUCUCUCGGCCCGUCCCCUGACCAGCAGUACAUCCGAACGGACAUCUCCGAGGACUACUGGAUCAACGAGGGCAAGUUUAUUUCUGCCCAUCCCAUCGCGGACACCUACAACCCGGACGAUGACAAGAUUUACUUCUUCUUCCGCGAGGUGUCCCGCGACGGGAGCACUACGGACAAGAGCGUGCUGUCUCGUGUUGCUCGGAUAUGCCAGAAUGACGUAGGGGGUUUGAGAAGUCUUACUAACAAGUGGACGACGUUCCUCAAAGCAAGACUUGUGUGUUCCAUUCCUGGACCAGAUGGGGUGGACACACACUUCGAUGAGCUACAAGAUAUCUUUCUGCUUCCCAGCAGAGAUGAGAGAAAUCCAGUAGUCUAUGGCGUAUUCACCACCACAAGCUCUAUCUUUAAAGGAUCAGCUGUGUGUGUCUAUAACAUGAAAGAUAUACGAGCAGCGUUUAAUGGGCCGUAUGCUCACAAAGAGGGACCAGACCAUCGCUGGGUGGAAUAUGAAGGCAGAAUCCCUUACCCACGACCGGGCACCUGCCCAAGUCAGACGUUUGAUCCUCAUAUUAAAACAACUAAAGACUUUCCAGAUGAAGUGAUCAAUUUUAUACGAGUGCAUCCGCUCAUGUACCGCUCUGUGUACCCGGUGACGGGCCGACCCGUUUUUACUCAUGUCAACACAGAGUUCCGGCUCUCUCAGAUUGUAGUGGACCGUGUGGCAGCUGAAGAUGGGCAGUAUGCUGUGAUGUUCUUGGGUACAGAUACAGGUUUGGUCUUGAAGGUUGUCAGCAUCACUCAGGAAAACUGGUCCACAGAGGAGAUCAUCUUAGAGGAACUUCAGGUGUGGAAGCACCCCUCACCCAUCCUGAGCAUGGAGAUUUCAUCCAAGCAGCAGCAGCUGUUUGUUGGAGGAAGUGACGGGUUGGCGCAGGUGGCCCUGCACAGGUGCCAUAUUUAUGGGCAGGGCUGUGCAGAAUGCUGUCUGGCGAGAGACCCGUACUGCGCCUGGGACGGCACCCAGUGUUCCAGAUACAUAUCAGCCUCCAAGAGGAGGGCCAGAAGGCAGGACAUCAAACAUGGAGACCCGUCCAGCAAUUGUUGGGACACAGAGGAUGGUGAGGAAGCGUUGUUAGGGAGGAAUGUUGAGGAGAAGGUGUUGUACGGAGUGGAGAGUAACUCGUCGUUUCUUGAGUGUGUUUCUAAAUCCCAGCAGGCCCAGAUCCGCUGGUACAUACUUAAACCAGGAGCUGACCACCGGCAAGAGAUCAAACCAGAUGACCGUGUGGUCGAAGCAGAGCGGGGUUUGCUGAUUCGUAGGCUCCAGCGUAGCGACGCCGGCUCGUAUUUCUGCACCUCUCAGGAACACAGCUUCACCCGUACCCUCCUCCACCUCUCGCUUCACGUCCUGGAACGAGGACAAAUCCAGGGACUCCCAAGUGUUUCACAGGCAUCGUCAGAAAACCCCAUUGUGACGGCCGAACCUCGCCAACGCUAUAAAGAUUACUUGCGCGCGUUGAGCGGCCCUGCGCGCUCUCUGGACGAGUACUGUGAAACGCUCUGGCACAGAGAGAAGAAGCAAAAACAGAAGGGCAAAUGGAAACACGUCCAAGAGUUCCGCAAAAAUAGGAAUCGACGUCACCACUAGGGGCGCCAACGAUGACUGUUGGAUUUGGUUGGGAAGAGCCACAAUGCCCACGUAAGCGUUGGCAGUGGAUUAGCUGAAUUUAAGCAUACCUUAGAAGAAGCAUUAUGAAAUGAAUCAUACAUCAACCUUGUUUUCAUUUUUAUUAGUUCACCUAAAGCGACUCAAUGGUCGAAGAGGCUUUGUUUCUAGCCCCGGUCUCCCCUAUUAAAUCCUCUUCAACCUCUAUAACAUAUAAUCUAGUACACACGGGGGUUUUGUGGUAAUUUCAGAGCAAACAUACAUUUAUUUUGGCUUUGGAAACGAAAUUGGAAACCUGUUCAUUGCGCCUUAAUUGUAACCAAGAAUGAAAAUGCAUUCAUGUUGAAUGUUUGUAAAUAUUUACAUUAUUUGUACAUGAGAUCGUGCAUGCUUUAGCAUUAUUUACACAGAAUGCUGUUUUUUUUUAAAUUACGACUUUAACCAAGCAUUUAAGUUGCAUUGA